ACAUGGUUCUGGAUCAGCACGAGGCGUCGGGCCCCGUCGGUCAGGAUGCCAGGAAGAGGAUCCGCGAGGCGCUGCUCAAACAGCACCACCACCAAAACCACAAGAAACUGGCCAACCGCAUCCCCAUCGUCCGCUCCUUUGCUGAUAUCGGCAAGAAGCAGUCAGAGCCUCAUUCCAUGGACAAGAAUGCAGGCCAAACGGUCUCGCCUCAGUCCCAGCCGGCCAACAACGAGGGCAAACAGGACGUCAGCCGAGAAAACAGUGCUGUGGACUUCAGCAAGAUUGACCUCCACUUCAUGAAGAAGAUCCCUCCCGGUGCUGAGGCGUCCAACGUCCUGGUGGGGGAGCUGGAAUUCCUCGACCGCCCUGUUGUGGCUUUUGUCCGCCUGUCCCCCGCCGUGCUGCUCAACGGCCUGGCUGAGGUUCCCAUCACCACCAGGUUUCUCUUCAUCCUGCUUGGCCCUCUGGGAAAAGGUCCACAGUAUCAUGAAAUUGGCCGGUCUAUUGCCACGCUGAUGACUGAUGAGGUUUUCCACGAUGUUGCGUACAAAGCCAAAGACAGGAACGACCUGGUGGCCGGCAUCGAUGAGUUUCUGGACCAGGUGACGGUGUUGCCCCCUGGAGAGUGGGACCCCUCCAUCAGGAUAGAGCCUCCCAAAAAUGUGCCCUCUCAGGAAAAGCGCAAGCUUCCUCCCGUUCCCAACGGUGUGACGGAUCUUGGAGAGUCCGAGGACCACGGAGGGCACGGUGGCCCUGAGCUGCAGCGCACGGGGAGAUUGUUUGGCGGCUUGAUCCUGGACAUCAAGCGAAAGGCCCCCCACUACCUGUCCGACUACACAGAUGCCCUGAGCCUGCAGUGUCUGGCCUCCUUCCUCUUCCUCUACUGCGCCUGCAUGUCACCUGUCAUCACCUUUGGAGGACUCCUGGGGGAGGCCACAGAGGGUCGUGUGAGCGCUAUCGAGUCCCUGUUCGGCGCCUCCAUGACUGGAAUAGCCUACUCUCUUGUGGCGGGUCAGCCUCUCACCAUCCUGGGCAGCACGGGGCCCGUUCUCGUCUUUGAGAAGAUCCUCUUCAAGUUCUGCAAGGAGUAUGAACUCUCCUACCUCUCCCUGAGGGCCUGUAUUGGCCUGUGGACGGCCUUCUUCUGUCUGCUGCUGGUGGCCACUGAUGCCAGCUCACUUGUGUGUUACAUCACACGCUUCACUGAGGAAGCUUUUGCUUCACUUAUCUGCAUCAUCUUCAUCUACGAGGCCCUGGAGAAGCUUCUCCACCUGGGGACACAUUACCCCAUCAAUAAGAACAACAAUCUCCAGACGCUCACACAAUACUCAUGUGCGUGUGUGGAGCCCAGAUACCCCAGCAAUGACACUCUACAGUUCUGGGAGGAGAGGAACGUCACAUCCUCACAGGUCAACUGGACCAUGCUGGAGGUCAAGGAGUGCGAGAUGUUGCACGGCGAGUUCGAGGGCACGGCCUGUGGCCCCCAUGGACCCUACGUCCCUGACGUCCUCUUCUGGUGCGUGGUCCUCUUCUUCUCCACCGUCCUCAUGUCCGCUUUCCUCAAGGAGUUCAAGACGAGUCGUUACUUCCCGACCAAGGUUCGAGCCAUCAUCAGCGACUUUGCCGUCUUCAUCACCAUCCUCACUAUGGUUCUUGUGGAUUACGCCCUGGGGAUCCCCUCACCUAAAUUGCAGGUCCCCGACAAGUUCAGACCAACCAGAGACGAUCGUGGCUGGCUCAUAAACCCUGUGGGGCCCAACCCCUGGUGGACCACCAUCAUCACAUUCAUCCCAGCUCUGCUCUGCACCAUCCUCAUCUUCAUGGACCAGCAGAUCACGGCCGUCAUCAUAAACAGGAAGGAGCACAAACUGAAGAAAGGCUGUGGCUAUCACCUGGACCUGUUUGUGGUGGGGGUGAUGCUGGGAGUGUGCUCUGUGAUGGGCCUGCCGUGGUUCGUGGCAGCGACCGUGCUCUCCAUCUCCCACGUGAACAGCCUGAAGCUGGAGUCUGAGUGCUCCGCCCCCGGGGAGCAGCCCAAGUUCCUGGGCAUCCGAGAGCAGCGCUUCACCGGCCUCAUGAUCUUCACGCUGAUGGGCUGCUCCGUGUUCAUGACCUCCGUGCUGAAGUUCAUCCCCAUGCCCGUGCUGUAUGGGGUCUUUCUCUACAUGGGGGCUUCCUCACUCAGAGGGAUUCAGUUCUUUGACCGACUGAAGCUGUUCGGCAUGCCGGCCAAACAUCAGCCAGACUUCAUCUACCUUCGUCACGUCCCUCUGAGGAAGGUGCACCUCUUCACCAUCGUCCAGCUAACCUGCUUGGCCCUGCUGUGGAUCAUCAAGACGUCCAAAGCUGCCAUCGUCUUCCCCAUGAUGGUCCUGGCCCUGGUGUUCAUCCGUAAAUUGUUGGACUUCGGUUUCACCAAGAGAGAGCUGAGCUGGCUGGACGACCUGAUGCCCGAGUGGAAGAAGAAGAAGUUGGAGGAUGCGGAUGAAGAGGAGGAGCCCAGUAUUAUAGUUGAGGAGGAAGGCAUCGUGCAAUUGCCACUGGAGGGACCCUACAAGAGUGACCCAGCCACAGUGAACAUCACUGACGAGAUGUCCAAAGGUUCCUUCGGGAAUGUGUGGAAGAGCGUCAGCCCUGUGGAGAGCGCCAAGAAGGAACCAAGCGCUAAGAGCUCCCCUUCCUAACCUCUCAGAAGCUGAUAUCCCAAAGUUGUUCCAGAGGCGGCGAAAAGCGCGAAAAGCGCCAGAAGCGGCGGAG